AUGAGGAACGCAGCAAGUGUUGGUCUUUGCGUUGGACUCUCUGCGAUUGGAGCCCUGGCCAAUGAUGUUCUUAAGCCAGAGGCAGAUUAUCGAGACUUCCGCCACUACCAGCUUAGCAAUGGCAUGCACGCCAUAGCUGUGCACCACCCACGAUCUAAUGAGGCAGGCUUUGCCGUGGCGGCGAAUACCGGCAGUUUGUACGAUCCUGAAGAUGUACCUGGCCUGGCCCACUUCCUGGAACACAUGCUGUUCCUGGGGACGUCUAAAUAUCCGGAGCCAGAGAGCUACGACAGCUUCCUGACCCAAAACGGAGGGGCGAACAAUGCAUACACAGACGAGGAAAAAACGGUCUUUUUCAACAAGGUCACGGAUAGUGCUUUCGAAGAGGCUUUGGACCGUUUUGCCGAGUUCUUCAAAUCGCCACUCUUCAACCGCAAAUACGAAGAAAAAGAGGUCAAUGCGAUUGACGCGGAGCAUCAGAAAAACAUUCCGAAUGACGACGAGAGAGCGUGGUACACGAUCCGCUCUCUGGCGAAGGGACCAAUGUCCCGAUUCGCUACUGGCAACUCGGAAACCCUGAGUGCCAACCCUAAAGCCAAGGGGAUCGACCUGGUUGACCGCCUGAGGGAUUUUCACAGCAUGUACUACUGUGGAUCAAACAUGGAGAUAUUUUCGUAUAUCAACUUCCUGAGAGACCACGGUGUUGGCCAUGACUUGGUUUCCACUAUGGCCCAACAGUCGCAUAUCGACUUCCACACAACGCAACCCAGCUCAUCGAUAAUGGAUGAAGCAGCGCGUCUUGCUCACAAUCUGUUAACAUACGAGCCAUACCAUGUCGUUGCUGGGGAUUCGCUGUUGAUUGAUGCAGACCCUCGAUUAACGAAUCAGCUCCUUCAAGAAAUGUCCCCAUCCAAAGCUAUCAUUGCCUUCUCCGACCCCGAUUUUACUUCGAAAGUGGACAGCUUCGAAACGGAUCCCUACUACGGGGUGCAAUUCAGAGUUCUCGACCUGCCGCAGCAUCAUGCAGUGGCAAUGACCGUCUUAACUGCCUCGCCAAACGCUUUCCGCAUGCCGCCUCCUCUGAUGCACAUUCCCAAGGCCUCUGAGUUGAAGAUCCUCCCCGGUCUUCUGGGACUCACAGAGCCGGAACUCAUUAGCGAGCAAGGAGGCAACGCAGGAACUGCUGUAUGGUGGCAGGGACAAGGCGCCUUUGCCCUCCCCAGGAUCGCUGUCCAGCUAAACGGAAGCGUUUCAAAAGACAAGGCAGACUUGCUCUCUCGCACUCAAGGUUCCCUAGCGCUUGCUGCCAUUGCAGAGCAUCUACAAGAGGAGACUGUGGAUUUCCAGAACUGCGGCAUCACCCACAGUUUGGCUUUCAAAGGCACCGGUUUCCACAUGACGUUCGAAGGCUAUACACAAGCGCAGCUGGGCAAGCUCAUGACACAUGUGGCGAAUCUUCUCAGCGAUCCCUCAAUGGUCGAACCUGAGCGCUUCGAGAGGAUAAAAGAGAAACAGAUGAAGCUUCUCGCUGAUCCAGCAACCAGCAUGGCAUUUGAACACGCCCUCGAAGCUGCAGCGAUUCUAACACGGAAUGAUGCGUUUAGUCGGAAGGAUUUGCUCGAGGCGCUUCAACAGACAAAUUACGAUGAUUCCAUCGCCAAGUUGAGCGAGCUCAAGAAUGUCCACGUUGAUGCAUUUGUCAUGGGGAACAUAGACCGCGACCAAUCGCUCACUAUGGUCGAAGACUUCCUGGAGCAGGCGGGAUUCGUUCCUAUUGAUCAUGACGAUGCCGCGGCAUCUCUUGCAAUGGAGCAGAAACAGACCAUUGAGGCAACCUUGGCGAACCCUAUCAAGGGCGACAAAGACCACGCCAGCUUGAUCCAGUUCCAGCUUGGUAUUCCCUCCAUUGAAGACCGCGUGAACCUCGCCGUGCUAACUCAGUUCCUCAACCGCCGCAUAUACGACUCACUCCGCACGGAAGCUCAGUUGGGAUAUAUUGCUGGAGCAAAGGAGUCUCAAGCAGCCUCAACAGCUCUCCUUCAGUGUUUUGUCGAGGGCGCCAAGACACACCCUGAUGAAGUUGUGAAGAUGAUUGACGAAGAGUUGUCAAAGGCGAAAGAAUACCUUGCUAACAUGCCUGAUGCUGAGAUGGCUCGUUGGAAGGAGGCAGCUCAUGCAAAACUCACAAAGAUGGAGGCGAACUUCUCCGAAGACUUCAAGAAAUCGGCUGAGGAGAUUUUCUCUCACUCAAACUGCUUCACAAAAAGAAGUCUGGAGGUCAAGUACCUCGACAACGACUUCUCUCGCAAGCAAGUUCUCCGCACUUUCGCGAAGCUGUCUGACCCUUCAAGGAGAAUGGUUGUCAAGCUGGUUGCCGAUCUGGAGCCCGAGAAGGAGGUCACCCUUAUAGGCGAAGCAAAAGCUCAAGAUGCACCCCUUCUUCGCCGUGGUGAUACCGGUGAGAGUAGAUUUGGGCAUCAUUCUCUUGAACAUUAUCAUAAGGUUUCUGCUGCAGCUGAAGAGGUUGCCAAGGCCCCAACGAAGCUCCUGAGUCUCGAGGACAAGUUUGUCUCGCAAGUUCAGGAAGCCAACGGCUACUUCCCAGAUGUCUCGGUGUGCGAGCUACCCCCAAGCCUUCUCUCGUUAUUCGAACUCUUGGAGGACCUUUGA